UGUGUAGCGUCACCGUGGCUGUUUAAUCUGUUCAUGGACAGUAGUUUGCAGGAUUUGAGAAAUGAUGAAUGUGGGCUGAAAAUGAGUGGGUUACCCGUCAAAUGUCUUCUUUACGCCGAUGACCUGGUACUACUAGCGUCAUCGGGCGAGGAGUUGCAGGAGAUGGUAACUAGAAUGCAUGGGUCUUUUGAAAGGAAAGGAAUGAAAAUUAAUGUAAGCAAGACGAAAGUAAUGGUAUUUGAAAAGGAAGAAAAUAUGACUAACUGUGAGAUUUUGAUUGGUCAAGAAAGAGUGCAACAAGUGAAAGAGUUUGUGUAUCUGGGAACCUUGUUCACUAGGGACGGUAAGCAUGAUAAGGACAUUGAAAGGAGAGUGAAUGCUGGAAAUCGCGUGAAUGGGGCACUUAACGCUUUUAUGAGCAGCCAAAAGGUGUCGCAAAAAGCACGGUUGGCUGUGCAUAGAGGGGUGUUGGUGCCUACACUCAUGUAUGGUAGCGAAAGUUGGGUAUGGCAGAAGAGGCAUCAGAGCCAAGUGAAUGCAGUGGAAAUGAGAGCGUUGAGAAGUGUGUGUGGUGUGAGAUUACAAGAUAGAAUUAGGAACAGUGUGAUAAGGGAAAAGUGUGGACUGAACGAAGAUGUAGUGACAAAAAUUGAGAAAGGCUGACAAAGAGAGUGUAUAAGGGAGAAGUAGAAGAGGGAGUUGGAAGGGGCAGACCUCGGCGGACUUUCUUCGAU